GCCAAUCCGUGGCCGGAGAUAGUAGGCGUCUCUAGAAAGGAGGGGUUUUACAUUUUUCCUGUUGAUUGAUUGGUCAAAGCGCUGCACAGGCCUUGUUUAAUAACAUUGAACUUGAAGCCAGGGGGAGCCGUCGUGCGUCUCAUUCACUCUUCAUAUCGACUCAAACUUACACAAUAUUUGGACACUAGUGGCGAAUAAACACGGAACCAUCUGCCCAAUACUGCCAAGGAAGUGUCCCUGUUUGACUUCAGCCUUUCCUCUGAGUUGCUGUUGCCAGGGUGAUGUCAGCAGCCCGUCUCGCUCGCCUGGCAAGAUGCAGUGGUCGUCAUGUUGGUCACAGUGGUCUCUUACCAAUGGCCUUGUAUUUCCUGUCAAACCAGCAGGACAGUCACACGCUGUUCACCAUCCUCAAAAGACGCGUUUAUUGUCCAUCAGAAAGACGACACAGCAACACCCGCUUUGAUGCGGACAGCAGUGGCCGCCCAACAACCUGGGAUUCCUUUGGAAUCUGGGACAAUCGUAUUGAUGAGCCUAUCCUGCUGCCCUCCAGUAUUCGCUAUGGAAAACCCAUUCCCAAAGUCAGUCUUUCCAAAGUGGGCUGUGCCUCACUAAUUGGUCAACGCAAGGAAAACGAAGACCGUUUCCAGAUUUCCCAAAUGACGGAAAACAUCCUCUACUUCGCCGUGUUUGACGGACAUGGAGGACCAGAGGCUGCCGACUUUUGUGAAAAGUACAUGGAGAAACACAUCAAAGACCUGGUGGCAGAGGAGGAGAACAUGGAGAUCGUUUUAAAAAAUGCUUUUCUUGAAGUAGACAAAGCCCUGGCAAAGCAUGUGCACUUUUCUCCAAGUGUCGUCGGGGCAAACGCGGGAACCACAGCCACGGUGGCUCUGCUGAGGGACGGCAUCGAGCUGGUGGUGGCCAGUGUGGGCGACAGCCGUGCCAUGCUGUGCCGCAAGGGGAAGGCCCUUAAGCUCACUGUUGACCACACACCGGAGAGGAAGGAUGAGAAAGAAAGGAUAAAGAAGAGCGGCGGUUUCAUUACCUGGAACAGUUUGGGCCAACCCAACGUGAACGGCCGCUUGGCCAUGACCCGGAGCAUCGGAGACUUCGACUUGAAGAACAUGGGAGUGACAGCUGAGCCGGAGACCAAGAGGAUAUCCCUGGCCCACGCACAUGACUCCUUCCUGGCUCUGACCACUGAUGGUGUUAACUUCAUCAUGAACAGCCAAGAGAUCUGCAACAUCAUCAACCAGUGCCACGACCCCAAAGAGGCGGCGCAGAGAAUAUCAGAGCAGGCACUUCAGUACGGCUCAGAGGACAACAGCACAAUCAUCGUGGUGCCCUUCGGAGGAUGGGGAAAGCACAAGAACUCGGACACGAGCUUCUCUUUCAGCAGAAGCUUUGUGUCCAGUGGGCGCUGGGCGUAAUCAUGGCGACACUGGGAGUCGGUUUAUGGGCCCUUUCUUCAAAACGUGCAAUAUAACUGAACAAAACGCCCCCUUCGAAUCAAUUUAGACGGUGCUAUCCACUGUGUGACAGUGUUUGCACACGCUGGAGUGGUUUUAGGAAGCAAUAAACUUGCACAAAAUGUUUUGAUGAUACCUUAAGCCAAUGAAUGCAGAGGUUUAACUAUGCAGACUUGUAGUGUAGUUCAGCCAGUCUGCAUUUAUAUUUACGCCUAAAAAAAUAUCAGUUUCUGGACCGAGAUUCAUUUGAACUUUGGUUCCAGUUCUCUGAGUGAAGAUGCAAGUCAACUGCUAGGUCAACUGUCAGAAUGCCAUUGGAGCUGCUGCUGCUGCUGUAGAACUAUGAACAUCGAUGUUGUGUUUACAUGAACACCAACAAGGAUAAACCAAUGAUAUUUUGAAUUGCACACUUGCUGGGCUCCGAGCUGUGUAUGUGGCAUCUGUGAUAUUUAUAAAAGCAAGGUUUAUACCUGUGCGUCCGUCCGAGGUCGGUCGGUUGCUUUACGGUUCUGUUUGGGUUCAAAGAAGAGUUCAGGUGACUAAUACGUACAAUGUGUGUUGUGUAAAUAAUGCGAGGCAUCAUAAGUGUCACUGUUGUUACCGCUACGACGACACAGAUCAGCUAAAAUCCUGCCUUGCAUGACAACGCGAUUGUUGCUACAUGUCCCUCCCUGGGUGAAACGCUUUGUACAACGUACGCAACGUGGACCAAAACAGCGACCGCUUUUGAUCAAUGCCUCCGUGUCUUCCGUUACAAUUUGUGAUGUAAAUGUUGAGCUCCGUGGUUCAGAACACCUCAGCACAACCCUUCUGCUGUUAGACGUCCGCUCUGUUCAUAUA